AUGGUGCCUGUGAAAAAGCUUGUGACGAAGGGGGGCAAGACAAGGAAGCAGGCUCUGAAGUUUACCCUCGACUGCACCCGCCCUGUAGAAGAUGGAAUCAUGGAUGCUGCCAGUUUCAUGCAGUUCCUCCAGGAGAGAAUCAAGGUGAACGGAAAGGCUGGGAACCUUGGUGGAGGGGCUGUAACCAUGGACAGGAGCAAGGGCAAGAUCACUGUAACUUCCAAGGUGCCUUUUUCCAAAAGGUAUUUGAAAUAUCUCACCAAAAAAUAUUUGAAGAAUAACCUUCAUGAUUGGCUACUCAUAGUUGCUAACAGCAAAGAGAGUUGCGAGUUGCAUUACUUCCAGGUUAACCAGGAUGAAGAGGAGGAAGAUGAGGUCUGGAAUAUUUUGUAUGAAUUCAUGAAUAAAUCUUAG